CCUCUUGUUACAUUUCAACCUUCACGCAGCUUCAGCGACUCACAACACAGCGCAAAUCAGCGUGCUUUGAAUUCACCACAACUGGCUUAUUGACUGGACUUUCUUGACUCGGUUUAGAUUCAACGCAGAUUUGUAAGUGGUGUCUUGCCCGCGGACGCACCGUUACUUCAUUAGUUAAUUUUGAUAGCUGUUGGCGAGCGGUUGCGCGCGCUUCACACAAGCAACAACAAGAUCAAAAACAAACCGACUUAGCUUAUUAUUAGCAAUAAACGCUGUAGACCCCGCAAUAAACAAGUACUAACAGUGGGUCACAACUGAGCAAAAAUAAUAACCGAAAAAACGCUAAGAAAAUUUAGACAACUAAGUUUUUGAUAACUAACAGCAGACGCUUGUGGUCGCGCAGUCGAAAAGGUGAACCAAAUUUGUCGAUUGCGCAACAAAAAAUAAUUUGUUAUAAUUGGAAAAACACUGGAAAAUAUUGCAGCUGUCUUCAAAAACACAGUGUUUAUAAAAAAGUGAGUGUCAGUGAUUUUCGUAAAAAAUAACGAAAGCAACAGUGAAGCUGAAAAUUAGUGAUAUAACUAGACGUUGAAACCCAUAGUGAACUAAAGAGAAUUUUGCAACCAAAACCGUUACCAUUUAGACACACAAAGUAACCACAGUAACAAAAUUAGACUGCAAGAGUGUGCCACAGUGGACGUGAGUUAACAAAUUUGUGACACAACAAAACCAAAAAACCAAGUUUUAGGCUGCAAUAUUUUCUUCGAGCAAUUUCUCAAAAUAUUUGAAAUUGGCUAAGUGCAAAGUGCGCUAAAUACAAAAUUUACCAAUAUAAUUGGCGGAAACUGAAAAUCAGAAGUACACUCAAUCAUUUUUGCAAAAUAUAGCAAAAGUUCUGUGAGCUUACAUACAUUUAUUAAACAGCUCAAAACUACAAACACACAAAAUAUUUUGUGAUUAAAUUUACUUCUUUGAAAGACUGAAAAGCUUCGGCUUUCACAAACGGCCACAAAAUACUACCAACACGCAAACGUAGUUCACAACAACCAAGUGUUAACAAAAUGAUUUCGCGUCGAAAAAUUAUAUCGCGUUCCCUCGACAAUCUAGAUAUGAUACCAAAUGUCGAAGAGGAAGAGGAUGUGUGGUAUAACAAGGAGAAACUUUUUAGGGACCAUAUCAACGAAGUGCUCAGCAAAUGGGAACAAAUCGAUGAUGAGAUUUGGGCGAAGGUAAUAGUAUUCGAAAAGAAUCGACGAGUGGCCAAAGCUUAUGCCAGAUCUUCGGUUAUCACCAUAAAUGGAGGGAAAAAUGGCUUUGACGGCGUAAGAAUUGGGUUGAGUGGUUUCGAAAAUCCUAUGCGAGAUGCGGAUACAAAACUUGUAAAAAAAUCGGUCGGUGAAGGAUUCAAAAUUAAAAUGGAUGAUAUUGGAAACAUACUAAUCAAACGUUAUGGCAAGAGUAAUGUUUUUGUGAACAAUACUUCAAUGGUCAACGAGGAGACAGUCAUUGGUGGCGACAUACUUCAAAUGCCGAAUAUGGGCCUGACAGCAGGCACAUCUGCGAAGCUCUUUGACAUGCGCAAAUAUACAACUAACAUAAAUCGAGAGUUCUCACGUUCAUAUCCAGAGAGCAGACGUCUGGAACGUCAAUGCUUGUCGGCCAUAUCAUUAGUCAAAUCGAAUAAUAAUCUAAUCAAUAACCCGCUAUGGAUUCUGGUCAUAAAUAUAGUCGCAAUUGAUAUGCUGAAGAAUCGCCUACAAGCACUGCCCAAAUCAGUGGAUGCGGUGGGUUCACGUGUGAUAAUAGCAGGAAGUGAAGAUCCGUAUUCGACCAUUGAGAGUCAGGUCGGUCUUAUUUAUCCCACACCUGCCGCCUCCGAUGACUCAAAUAAUUCAAAUAAAUCGAAUAACUCAAGCCAGUCGAGCAAAGGACGCCGCAGUGUUUACAAUGCAGGAUUCCUUGAUGACAGUCCAUAUGUGCCAAAGCCCGAUUAUGAAGUCUACAACCAAUCAGUGCCAAUGCUCUCCUCUAAACAAAAGAGCAAAUCUGAAUUACGUAAAAAACAAGAUGAUCCCUACUAUUGCGGCUUGCUUGCCCGUAUACCGAAUUUCAUCAAAUCUUCAAAAAAGUGCCCCAAUAAGAAGGAGGCGAAAAUAUCACGUAAAAUUUCAGCUUCACAACAACAAAUUGUCGAACCACAGCCAGCACAGCCGCUGCCCAUUGCCACAUUCCACCAGUAUCCGGCUCACCAGCCACCAUAUUACCCAUACAAGCUACUCCAUGCGCGACAUCAUAGACUCUCCCAAUCGCAAUUGUCAUUGUGGGAUGCGCGCAGCCUGAUUAGCGCACAUGAAUAAGAGAGGUUAGGUGGCACGUCACGGACGCAUGAGACUAUGGCAAAUAAAACAUAAACCUAAGUAACAGCGUUAAUCAAAAGCAUUUUUUGUAAAAAUGCAUGUGAUUUCUUCCUUAAUCAAUAAACAUAAGUAUAGUAUAUGUAUGUAUGUAGUUGUAGUAAUAAAAAAUAACUUUCUACGCCAGAACGUCUUGAAUUUAAAACGGAGAUUACUACAUAAGUGAUUAUGAAUGUUUGUGUGUAUACACGCAAUAUUAGAAAAUAUUACAAGUUUAUUUAUUUAUAAGAACCAUUUAAGUGAAAAUGCUACGCGUAUGUGUACCACUAUACGAUAUUGCCAUAAUUGUUUGAUUUUCGUAGCAGUUGACAUAUUAAACAUAAUUACGUAUAUGCAAACAACAUAAGUAUGACCACACAUAUCUUUUUCUAAAAUGAAGACUGAAACAUGUCCUAGAAAUAUUAACACUAUAAAUACUACGCAAAAAUAAUUUUUUGCGUGUAUGAAAAAAUUUAAUAAUAACAUAAUGAUAUUCAAAAUACUCGUAAACAGAAAAGUACUUAACAUAAAUGUGUGAAAAUCUGCCAGAGUAAUGAAUUAGUUUGUUUCUUAACUGCUAGCAGCUACUAGCAAUAAAGAAGAACAACACUGAGCGCAUCGAGAAGUCACUCUAGCAAGGAGCAAAAAACGAAAAAGUAAAGAAACGGAAAACAAGCAGAAACUAGCAAAAAAUGUCAAAAUGUUGUUAUUAACGCUUGCAAAUAAAAUGAGUGAAAUCAAAGCAAAUUCGUCAAA